UUCUUCCUUUCUCCCUCUCUGUCUCUCACGGCCUCUGUCUUUCUGCCUGUCUCCUCCGGGGCCAACACCUCUUCUGUUCUGUCCCUCCCACGGCUGCCCACCCGUCUAGGCGAAGAUGUCGGCCCAGGACAGCUGCCUCAGCCUCAUCAAGUACCUCCUCUUCGUUUUCAACCUCUUCUUCUUCGUCCUAGGCAGCCUUAUCUUCUGCUUUGGCAUCUGGAUACUCAUUGACAAGACCAGCUUCGUGUCCUUUGUAGGCUUGUCCUUCGUGCCCCUGCAGAUCUGGUCCAAGGCCCUGGCCAUCUCAGGAAUUCUCACCAUGGGCCUUGCCCUCCUGGGCUGUGUGGGGGCCCUGAAGGAGCUCCGGUGCCUCCUGGGCCUGUAUUUUGGGAUACUGCUGCUCCUGUUUGCCACGCAGAUCACCCUGGGAAUCCUCAUCUCCACUCAGCGGAUGCGGCUGGAACGGAGGGUGAAGGACAUCGUGAUGGAGACAAUCCAAAACUACCGCUCGCGCCCGGAGGAGUCGGCGGCGGAAGAGAGCUGGGACUACGUGCAGUUCCAGCUGCGCUGCUGCGGCUGGAACUCUCCUCGGGACUGGUUCAAUAUCCCCAGCCUCAUCAGCAACGAGUCGGAGGUGCAUCGCGUGCCCUGCUCCUGCUAUAAUUCAUCAGCGACCAAUGACUCUGCAGUCUUCGAUAAGCUCUCGUUCCCCCAGUUCAGCCGGCUCCGACCACUGGCGCGGCCCCGGCACAGUACAGACCUUUGCGUGGUUCCUGCAAACAGCAAUAUCUACAACGAGGGCUGCGCGCGGAGCCUCCAAAAGUGGUUGCACAACAACCUCAUCUCCAUAGUGGGCAUUUGUCUGGGCGUCGGUCUACUUGAGCUCAGCUUCAUGACGCUCUCGAUAUUCCUGUGCAGAAACCUGGAUCAAGUCUACGACCGGCUCGCUCGGUACCGCUAGGCCCUGUCCCUUCAAGUGCCUAGGGGCUCCCCUGUGCUCUGUAAAUAUUUGUUCAAUCCCCAGUUUGCCCCAACCAUUGAGUCCUCCACCUCCUCAUUUCCCCGGGGGACCCAGAUGUCUGCCUGCCCAGCUGCUGUCACCUCUCCCGCGGGACCUGGGGCUUCCGGCCACCAGCUUCCUGCCCCCAAAGAUACCUCAUUUCCUAGCCUUAUCUCUCGGCUUACCACCUCCCACAGGAUUAUUUUCGCCCAAACCCCAAAUAAACCCCCUGCGUUUUG